GGGGGGCGGGGGGUGCGCCUUCAGACGUCAUCGCUGGCCGGUCGGAUGCGCUCCCCGUGCAUCCCCAGCAUUCCGGGCACCUGCUUCCCCGCAGCGGCCGGGGCGGGACAGCCCCGCCCACGCCCCUGAGCGGGUCCGCGGGGAAGAGCCGCAUCCGGGGACAGGCGCGGUUUGGGGGGGCGACCGAGACCCUCGUAGGACUUUGCUCGGGGUGGCGACGUUGGAGCAGGGUCGUGAGAGCCGUGUCGGGAUUGGCGGGAGCACCGCGCUGGGGAAAACAAGAUUAUCUUCUUAUCCAAAAAAGAUGAAAUCAACUGGGUUACUCUCAAAAGACAACCAAGUGAGCACCGCAGACUAAUGAGUAGAAUCAAUAAGAACGUGAUUUUGGCGCUUUUAACUUUGACAAGUUCUGCAUUUCUGCUGUUUCAGCUGUACUACUACAAGCACUAUUUAUCAGCAAAGAAUGGAACUGGUUUAUCAAAAUCUAAAGGAAGCCGAAUUGGAUUUGAUAGCACACAGUGGCGUGCAGUUAAAAAAUUUAUUGUGCUAACAUCCAGCCAAAAUGUACCAGUGUUCCUUAUUGAUCCUUUGAUCCUGGAAUUGAUUAAUAAAGACUUUGAACAAGUCAAAAAUACUUCUCAUGGCUCCACUUCAGAAUGCAAGUUUUUCUGUGUUCCAAGAGACUUUACCACAUUUGCGCUACGGUAUCACCUGUGGAAGAAUGAGGAAGGCUGGUUUCGGAUAGCUGAAAAUAUGGGAUUUCAAUGCCUAAAGAUCGAGAGCAAAGAUCCCCGGCUAGAUGGCAUAGACUCACUUUCUGGAACUGAAAUUCCCUUGCACUACAUCUGCAGAUUGGCCAAUCAUGCCAUCCACUUGGUGGUCUUUCAUGAGAGGAGUGGCAACUACCUCUGGCAUGGCCAUUUACGACUCAAAGGACACAUGGACAGGAAAUUUGUUCCUUUCCGAAAGUUACAGUUUGGUCGUUAUCCUGGAGCUUUUGACAGGCCAGAAUUACAACAAAUUACUGUUGAUGGAUUAGAAAUUCUCAUCCCAAAAGAUCCAGUGCACUUUCUAGAAGAAAUACCACGCUCUAGGUUUAUUGAGUGUAGGUAUAAAGAAGCUCGAGCAUUCUUUCAGCAAUACCUUGAUGAUAACACUGUGGAAGCUAUGGCCUUUCGGAAGAAUGCAAAGGAAUUAUUGCAACUGGCAGCCAAAACAUUAAAGAAAUUGGGAGUACAGUUCUGGCUGAGCAGUGGAACUUGUCUAGGGUGGUAUCGGCAAUGCAACAUUAUUACUUAUAGUAAAGAUGUUGACCUAGGAAUUUUUAUACAAGAUUAUAAAUCUGAUAUUAUUUCAGCAUUUCAGGAUGUAGGACUUCCACUCAAACACAAAUUUGGGAAGGUAGAGGACAGCUUGGAACUAUCUUUCCAGGGAAAAGAUGAUAUAAAACUCGACAUUUUUUUCUUCUAUGAAGAGACUGACCAUAUGUGGAAUGGAGGCACUCAGGCCAAAACAGGAAAAAAAUUUAAAUACCUGUUUCCCAAGUUUACACUGUGCUGGACUGAGUUUGUAGACAUGAAGGUUCAUGUGCCCUGUGAAACCACUGAAUACAUUGAAGCCAACUAUGGUAAAACCUGGAAGAUUCCUGUGAAGACGUGGGACUGGAAGCGCUCUCCCCCCAAUGUGCAGCCCAAUGGAAUCUGGCCUAUUUCUGAGUGGGAUGAGGUUAUCCAGUUAUACUGAGACAAUAGGUUGAAAUGAUAAAAUUCCCCUUCUGAAACAGGUGGAUUCUAACUAUUAAGAAGAUAAAUCUCUAUUUGUCAAAUGUAAGUAGGGGCCAAAGAUAUAUGUUGAGUCUGAAGAUGCAGAAAGAGUCCUAACCUCUGAGCCAUCUGAUUGAAUUCUCUCAUUUUACUUUUAUUCAGGAGUCCCUAUGUGCUAGGUACAGUGCUAGGUUACAGUGGAGAAGCAGAGAUGAGUGACACACACGCCUGUCUCUCUUUCCCUUCCCUUUGGUAAGCACCUCAAUUUUCUUUUGAGGGAAACAUCCUUAGCCUUUGAAGUUCCUGUAGAAUAUGAUGUUCUUUCAUACUGUUAGGUAAUGUUUGGACUGGAAGAUGGGUUUAUUGGGCAAAGCUAAAGGAGGAUAUACUAGUAAAAAAGAAUAGCCCACUCCUGUAAUCAGCAGUUAAGCUUGUAUGUUAGUGCUGCUUUCAAGGUUGUAGAGUCGGAGUUAAUAUUUAAGUGAUCAGACUUUAGGUGACAUCAAGAAAAGAUGCUAGAACGUUCAUUUUACAAGCAACCCAGUAUGGAAUUGUUUUAGAGUAUAGGGCAUCAUUCUUUCUGUGAGAAUGAGAGCUUCUUUUUAGCUUUGUCAAAGAUAUGCAAAUUCCUGUACAAUUUGUAUUUUUAUAUUUUAAGUGAAAAGAAAGCUUGUGCUUGUGUGAUGCUUGAAUUUCCAGUCAUUGUGAGAAUAUUUUCACUGACCUCUGUAGCACUUGUUAACAAAUCAUUCGAGCGAGAUCAUGUUACCAGACAUGAUUUUGAAAGGGUUGUGAUUUCACAAAAGUUAUUUUCCUUAUUUCAUUCCCAGCCAUCUGUUAGGUAAAAAUAUGAGCCAUUCAUGGACAUUAAUAUUUUCUGAAUUUAUAAUCCUUGUACUCCCAAUUUUAAUGUUAACACUAAAAUAUUAGUAGAAAUACCUCUUAUUUUUCUAAGUGUACUUAUUCUUCAGUGCAUUCAUUCAUCAAUUGCAGCUCCAUAUCUUUCAUUUAUGGCCAGCAAGCCAAUUUAAAUAGUAUAUGAACCUACCUGUUCCCUCCCUUCUGUACUAUCAUGUCCCCAAACGAAGAUGAACGGCAAACCUGACAAAUGCUUUCUCCGUCCUCCCACUCCCAGAUCAUGGUGUUUGUAAAGUCUGUAUCCAUUCUCAUUGUUCUAUCUAGAUGUUGUAUCUGUUGCAUAUUGAUGGGACAGGAACUCAGACUUCCUGCUUUGUCAAAUACCACCCAUUCUAAAACCCUUCAGUUUCCUUUCCCCUGCCUCAAGAUACGUUUCUGAGUGGGAUGGGAUGGCCCUGUCUUCCACAUCUCAUGAGUCACUUUAAUUAUAUAUUCCAAGUGAAAAGUAGAGGUAUAUGUAUAUAUACAAUAAACACUGCUAUCUUUUUAUUCAGGAAAGGAAGCUGAGUCUUAACGUUUUAUCUAAGCUGUUCAGGACAACUUUCUGGACAAAAUCCCAGAUUUUCCUCUAAAACCAGAGAAUAACAGGAGUGUCAGAAAUGGAAAGCAGAGGGUCUGAGGGAAUAGGCUGAGUUUUUCUAAAACAAGGUUGGGAAAAGUGACCUGAAACCACCCCACUUGAUAUUUUCAAAACACCAAAAACUUUUUUUGAUAAAUGUUAACCACUGACCCAAAUUCCUUUGUUGGGAUGAGCUUUCAACAUGUGACCAUUGGAUCUUUUCAUAACAUAAUGAGGCUUUUAGAGACCCUUAUAGAUUACCAUUAAACUUGUCCCCAAAGGACAGGCCAUUGUAAUCAGUCUCUCUUUGCUGGAAAAUCAGCCCACAGAAAUCAUACCCAAAUUCCAAAAAGCCGAACAUAAUUUCAUUUUUCAUGGUUGAAAAAAAUAUCAGAUAAUAAUAGUGUUCCUGAGCAAAAUCUGCCUUGCUUACUGAGGACCAUUUGCUUGUGCUCAGCAUCUAGAAGUGUAUAUAAAAGUGCAAUACACAUUUCUGCCCAUUUCAAAUUGAGGCUUCCACUGUUUGCCAGGUGGUGGAGGUCUUACCCACCACUAUUUAGGUUAUUUUUUUUUUUUUAUCUGUCUCUGUAGUUCAAGGUCUUGAAUAAUCCAAAACCUGAGAUGUCUUGGUCUCAUUGACAGAGAUUCUGUAUCCUUCCCUCCACAGACCACUGGCAGCUGAAAUACCUUCCUUGACUGCCUUCUGGUUUUACAAGUUCCUGCUCUUGCUUUGUUCCUACCCUGACUUGAGGGAAUGAAAGCUUUUCCCCAGACUCUGAAGGCCAGGCUUGCUUCUGAUACAGAUUCAGCCAUACUUCAUCCUGUGCUUCUUGACAGUUCUUAACUGUGCCCAGUGUCCAGAGACCUUGGUUCAGGUGGAUCUACCAUCAAACCUCAUAAGAUCAUUUUUCUUUCUUCACCUGAGUAUCCCAAUAAUUCUCCUGAUAUGGCUACUUUCAGGUCCACUUUGUCUGGUUCAUAGGCGAAAACCUCUUAUAUUAACUUGGAAGUUAGGUACCCCUGGAUAUCCUCCAGGGAGAUCCUGAGAGGCAAGAUUGAUAACCUCUCCCUUGACAAACUGGUGGUCACUCACUCCUUCUUUAAGCAAGGAGCACUUGGCCUUCUCCCCUCUGCUGCAGCUACUGAUACCUGGCUCCCGGAAUAAAAGUGUAGUAUGACAGCAGUUCCUAAAAUCAAGCAUCCCUAAGAAGCUGGGCAGUGGGAUAAUCAGUUUCUUUAAUUCCCUAGCUACAAACCCUGUAAUAUGACCACUAGGUGGCGGAAUGUCUACCACCAUCCUCCCAAAACAAGUAUACUCUCAAGUGAAAAUCAUCUUGCUCUUGAGUCUUAAAAGAGGUCACAUUCAUUUUAUCCCUUUCAUUUUAUAGCUAAAUCAAUAAGCUAUAGCAGUGAUUUGAGAAACACUGGAAUCUAAAACUUAAGAGUGCCAUGACUUUUGGCCCAGUUCCUAGUUCAUUGCAUCACAGCACAGCAUCUUUAACUCUGCUUGAGAUACUUGACAGAGAAGUCAACCUCUGCCUUAGGAGUAAGUUUCAGGGUAUUUCUGCCGUUCUCCACUUAAUAUCUUUCUGCUCAGAUUGAGAGCCUGAGCUGACAAAGAGAUCAAGAAGGAGUAUUUCUUUCUUGUCCAAAAUACUUAGGCUAUCUUCACACCUUUAUCUGCAAAAUGCCAUAUCUCCAAACAGUGAAAUAGUUCCUAUGUGGAGACAUCAGCCUUUGAUUAUGAUAUUCUUAACGUCCAGAAGUACCUGAUUCUCUUAAGCUCAAGAUGUGUCCCAUUGCUACUUCACCCCUUCCAAUUCCCCAGGAAACCAUUGGCUAAGCACUCAUUUCCAAAGAAUCCUUCCUCCUUCCCUUGUUGAUACUCUCUUAUGGAUACUAGAAGUUGAGGAUAAGUUGUGCUCAUUGCUAUUCUUCUUUGUGACCCCAAACCAUUGUAUCUAGUCUUAAUAUGGUUAUAGACCUUCAGAUGGCAGACAGAAGAGCAAGGUGUUACAUAGAAAAGCAGGGGUUAUAGAUUGGAGACCAGAGCUGCAUCUGGGAAACACACUUGGAAUGAAUUCCCACAUUCUAGCCUAAUACCUUACCCAGUAUCACAAACCUAAGUAAGGCUGCAAAUGUCUCUGAGACUCUCCCAAGUUUCACCUUCUGGAAAAUGAACACUUCUUUCAUCCUUAAUAUUAUAAAUCUCCAUGGGAAAUUUACCCUCAAAGACUAGUCAGAGAAAGAGCCACAUUCUCAACUUCUAAUAAUUACCAUGGAAAAACUCCAAUUCCUGACCAGAUGAAAGGAUAUCUUUGAGGGAAUUUCUCUUUCCUCCUCUUCCUCUGUCAUUGAGACCUGUGGUAGGUCACCUCUAAUGUUUCACUUAGGGGAGUCAGCAUAUUAGUAUAAAAAGACCACAAACUUCUGAAUUUGGCCUGAGUUUGCAUCCCAGCUUCGUCAUGUGGCAUUUGUGGUAGAGGACCUCUCAGCCUCAAUUUCCACAUAAGUGAAUUGGGGAAAUGUGUACUUUUCUAGAAUUUCGGUAGGAUAAAAUGGAACAUAAAGUGCUUAGCAUCAGGCCUAGGAUUAAGUAAGUUCUCAAGAAAUGUUCCAUUUCCUACUUCCAAGUCCCUUUUCUAAUCCUUCAAAUAAGAUUAAGGAAACUAUGGUUCAGAAUACAAGCCUUACUCAGGAGGUGGGUAGCUGAAUUUGCUUAGGGAAAAAAUUGUUUCAUUAUAUCAAGGCAUUAAAGGACAAAUUGUAUGGUUCAUGAAUUCAGAGACAUUACCAAGUUGCCUCCUUCUCUAAAUAGAACUAGUAUUUUCAUUUUAUUGGUCAGGCUAUUGUCUCCUAAGGUCUCUUUAUAUGAUCCCUUAUGUUACAUAGUUCCUUAGCCCCAAGCAGUUCCCUCUCUCUCCCUUCCUAGAUUUAAUUCUUGUUCUGCCCUGGACUAUUUCAACAUUCCAGCUUUUUCUAGAGGUAAACCCUCAUCUCCUUGUUACUAAAUCUCUACCCAGCCAAAAUCAGGUAUAAGUUACAAUUUGCAGAGAGGAAGAACUUGGAAUACUUAGUGUCAUAUAACUAUCAGUACUUUUAGUAAAGGAGAAUCGAAAAUACUCAUUUCCACCUUCUUUCAUCAAAUUUGUGUUUCUGUUUCAGGCAAUAAUGAACAGUAUGUUUUAAGCUAUUUUAAGCUUCUCUGCACAAACUAAAAUCUAAUUAUAGUUUAUAAGUCAAACAGAAUGAUUCAAUAGUGAUACCUUUUUACAGAACCAGUACUAAAGUAGGCAAGUGUACAUUUUUCUAAUGAGAAAUCUGUGCUUCUGUAUUUUCAGAAUUUCUGGGUUAGAAUGUCCCUCUUGCCAUCCCCCAACAUAACCCAAUAUAGAGAUGAUGCAGGAACCCAUUAUUCAACCAGGCUGCUAUACACUUAUGAGCAGCUCUCACAGUGGGGUUGAAAAGGUGUGUGAAGAGAAUUAGAAGUACUGUAUUUUGUUUUAUAAAACAACGUACUGUCUCAUGUGCCAUUAAAGAAAAUUACAAGAUUUUGUAGUCUUUUGAUGACUCAUUCAGAGCAUGGGUUUGUUAAAUGAAGACCAUAUAUAGCUAUUUGUGUGUCCCUUCUAAUUCAAAACCAGAAACACAUGUAUGUGAAUUUUUUAAACAAAGUGAUAUUUUAAACGUAAAUUUCAAUGUAUCCUUACCAGUUGACUAUUUGAUUUUAUCUUCAGGUACAGGUAGUUUGUAGUACUACUGAAAAUACCUUUAAUAUUAUUAUUUUGAUCAGAAUUUAUAAUAUAUAAUCAGUUUGGGAUGAUAAAUAAACAUUUUAAAUUACUUGA